AUGACGAGGCGGUGCUCGCAUUGCAGUCAAAACGGGCACAACUCCCGGACCUGCCCCAACCGAGGGGUCAAGUUGUUUGGGGUCCGAUUGACGGACGGGUCGAUCAGGAAAAGUGCUAGUAUGGGUAAUUUAAGUCAUUAUAAUGGGUCUUCUAAUAUGAGUGGACCCCAUGCUUCCGGGUCUAACAAUCCCGGAUCCCCCGGUGAUACCCCUGAUCACGGCGGCGGCGCUGCAGACGGUUAUGCUUCUGAGGAUUUCGUUCCUGGGUCUUCUUCAAGUCGUGAGAGAAAGAAAGGUGUUCCAUGGACUGAAGAGGAACAUAGGAUGUUUCUACUUGGUCUGCAGAAGCUUGGUAAAGGUGACUGGCGAGGAAUUGCUCGUAAUUAUGUUAUAUCAAGGACACCUACUCAGGUGGCUAGUCAUGCUCAGAAAUAUUUCAUCAGGCAAAGCAAUAUAUCUAGGAGGAAGAGACGCUCCAGCCUGUUUGAUAUAAUUGCUGAUGAACCAGCAGACACCCCAAUGGUAUCACAGGACUUCUUAUCUACCAACCAUCCACAGGCUGAUGCACAAAGUGAUAAUCCAAUGCCUGCUCCUCCUCCGUUGGAUGAAGAGUGUGAAUCAAUGGAUUCUACUAACUCCAAUGAGGGAGAACCCCUCCCUCCAAAGCCAGAUAGCUCACAGUCUGCUUAUCCAGUAGUGUACCCAGCUUAUUUCUCACCAUUCUUCCCAUGUUCUAUUCCAUUUUGGUCUGAGCGCAGUGCAGAACCCACAAAGACAGAGACACAUGAGGUUCUGAAGCCAACGGCGGUGCAUUCAAAAAACCCAAUCAAUGUUGAUGAGCUGGUUGGCAUGUCAAAGCUGAGUUUAGGAGAAUCUAUUGGUCGUGAUGGCCCCUCUUCUCUUUCCCUAAAAUUGGUUGAAGGGUCAUCUAGACAAUCUGCCUUCCAUGCUAAUCCAGCCUCUAGCAGAGAGAAGUUCCUGUGGUAUGCACCGCAUAGUGGGUUCAGCAACCAGUUAUCAGAGUUCAAGAAUGGGAUUUUAAUGGCCGGGAUUUUGAAUAGAACCUUAAUUGUGCCUCCUGUUCUUGAUCACCAUGCUGUUGCUCUUGGUAGUUGCCCUAAAUUUAGGGUUUUGGAACCUAAAGAGAUUAGAGUUUCAGUUUGGGAUCAUGUCCUUGAGCUUAUUAAGACUGGCAGGUACAUCUCUAUGGCCGACAUCAUCGAUAUUUCGUCGUUGGUACCUUUUUCCAUUCAGGUGAUAGAUUUCAGGGUUUUUGCAUCGCUAUGGUGCAAUGUGAAUGUGGAUUUCACUUGUAUAAAUGAUUUGAAUGCUCAAUCUUCUUUGUUUGAUAGCCUUAAACAGUGUGGAUCUAUACUGUCUGGGUUUGAUGGUAACAUAGAUAAGUGUUUAUACGCUGUAGAUGAAGACUGCAGAACCACUGUUUGGACUUACAAGAAUGGUGAUGAGGACAGAGUGUUAGAUUCAUUUCAACCUGAUGAACAACUAAAGAAGAGAAGGAAAGUUCCAUAUGUGAGGAGACGCCAGGAUGUAUACAAGACCCUUGGACCUGGUUCUGAAGCUGAAUCAGCCACUGUCCUCGCAUUUGGAAGCCUUUUCACAGCUCCAUACAAAGGCUCAGAGCUACAUAUUGAUAUCCACGAAGCACGAAAGGAUCAAAAGAUUCAAUCUUUGAUUGACAACAGUGAAUUUCUUCCUUUUGUCCCUGAAAUCCUAAGUGCGGGAAAGAAAUUUGCUUUAGAGACCAUAAAAGCUCCUUUUCUUUGUGCGCAGCUUAGGUUGUUGGACGGACAGUUUAAGAACCACUGGAAGGCAACAUUUCUGAGCUUAAAACAAAAGUUAGAAGCUUUAAAGCAGAGUGGCUCUCAACCUGUACAUAUAUUUGUGAUGACUGAUCUUCCUCAAGGUAAUUGGACUGGAAGUUUCUUGGGGGACCUGGCUAGUGAGUCGGAUCAUUUUAAGCUGUACUUUCUGAGAGAAGAAGAUGAAUUGGUCAAGAAAACAGCAAUGAAUCUUUCAGUUUCAGGGCAUGGCCUGAGGUUUGGAUCAGUUCUGAGGGGUCUUAAUGGAGAGAGUAUGAUGAAGAUGAAUUGUCCACACCAGAGAUUACUUGACAUACUUCUGUACCUGGAGGAAAGUGUUUGCAGUUGUGCUUCCCUUGGUUUUGUUGGUACUGCUGGGUCAACUAUUGCCGAGAGUAUAGAGCUGAUGAGGAAAUUUGAUUGUUGCAAGCUUGAUGAAUCUGAGAUUCCACUUGUAUAUUUUCGGCAAAACAAGUGUUGGUGCCAAUCUUAUGCAACCUUGUUCUGUCCUAUGAUUCUCAACGAUCCAGAGAAAGAGUCAUUCAAGAGGUGCUUGAAAAUUUUGACAGGAAGUUUUACUGCGUUGAGAUCUGACAUGCUUCUUUUGGUAGAAGUUUUGGACUACGAAGUCAUCCAUUCUUUCGUGGCUGCCGAUGAGGAUACUGAUUUAGUUCUGGGUAGGGCAGUGGAGAAUGAGAUAAACAGUGGCAUCGUUAUUGACGGAGGUAAAGCUUUCCUCUUAACUUUGGAUUUUUAUGCCUGCUACACUAUCGUCGUGUAA